GUCGGACAAAUUUUGCCGGUGCACCACCAAUGUCAUACCCUGCGGACUUCACGCAGACAGCCGACCUCAGGAUUUGUUAUCACGUGUAAAUAAUUGUUAUUAUUCAGCUAGAGGACAGUUUAAAUAAACUCUUCUCCCGUCGGUUGGCAGUUUGUGUGCCGCAGGACAAACUCACCGGACAAAAUGCGCCUCACGUUGAACAUGUUGAUCUCUCACGGCCGUGUGGCCCGGAAAAUGGGUCUCGGUCCGCAGUCCCGAAUCAACAUGCUCCGGAACAUCCUUACUGGACUGGUCCGACACGAGAGGAUAGAAACCACGCAGGCCCGAGCAGAUGAAGUUCGCUUCUACGCAGAAAAGCUGAUCGACUACGCCAAAAAGGGAGACAUGGACGAGAAGGCGAUGAAAAUGGCCAGCUUUUGGUUGACAGAAAAGGAUCUGGUCCCAAAGCUCUUUAAGGUCCUCGCACCGCGGUUUGAGACCCAGUCAAAUGGCUACACACGGAUGGCACGCAUUCCCAACAGACAGAACUUGGAUAAAGCCAAGAUGGCCGUCCUGGAGUACAAAGGCAACCCCUUCCCUCCUCUGUAUCCUGUGAAAAAAGAGAACGAACUGGCUCUGAUCAACCAGCUGCUCAAAGGCUACAGGGAGGAGAAGGCACAACAGUUAGCUACAAAAGUUUAAUUAACAGGAUCACAGUGAUUGAUGGUGGUUGGAGGUUGGUGGUUUGGAGCCUGCAGAUGCUGCAGAUUGUGGCUUAGAGACACUGAAAGAACAGUUCAAAAGCGUCAACGGAAGCCAAGAAUAUUUCUGUGAACAGAUAUUUGUGGCUGAAUGUGUAUUAAUAAAUAUUAUUUCUCAACAGAA